AUGGCUACAGCGAGCGGCUAUGCUUUCUUCCUCAAGCCCGAGGUCAAUUCGAAGCUCAAACACAUCCUCAAUACCUGGAAAUCCGAAGUUUUAAUGACUGCGAAAUCUCAACAUGUCAUCACGACCGGUGAAGAUGGCUGGCUUAGCCAAGAUUCCCUGAUGAGCAUCGAAAACGACACCAACCUUGCUGGCCAGGAGUUGACAUUCCAGCAGAUCUUCCAGUGUGAUCCACAAGGAGAUCCCAAGCACUGGGGGUUCAAAUCUUGGGAUGACUUCUUCGUCCGCAAGUUCAAAAAUAUUGAUCAAAUUCGCCCAGUCGCUUUUCCGGGGCAACCAGAGUGGAUAGCAAAUUCGUGCGAGUCCAAACCCUUUGCCUUGCGGUCCAAUGCCCGGGAGUACGACUCGUUCUGGCUCAAAGGCCAAGCAUACUCAGUCAGUGAGAUGCUUCAUGGACACAAAUUUGCCGAGCAGUUUGUCGGCGGCACCGUGUAUCAGGCAUUUCUGAGCGCCACGUCCUACCACAGAUGGAACUCGCCCGUGUCCGGGAAAGUCGUCCAUACCGAAGUUGUUGACGGUACUUACUUCUCAGAGCCCACCACCAAGGGCUUCACGUCUUCCGAGGGCCCUGAUCCAGCUUCCCCUAAUCGCGUCCAGAGCUACAUCAGCCACAUUGCCACGCGAGCCAUCUUCUUCAUCGAGGCUCCGAAGCCAAUUGGCCUCAUGGCAGCCAUGUAUAUCGGCAUGGCUGACGUUUCGUCCUGCGAGAUCUUGCAGAAAUUCGAGGCCAAAUGCCUUCCUGCGAGUGUUGAGAAGGGAAAGGAAAUCGGGUUGUUCCACCACGGUGGCUCUACCCACUGCCUCCUUUUCCGACAAGGAGUGAAUCUCGCUUUUGUGACUGGAGCCAUCCCGGGCAACAGAGAGAUGAAUUUGCCAAUUUGA